AAAUAUAAAUUAUAAUAAUUAAUAAUAAAAAAUGGAUAUUACUGCAUAAAAAGUGGCUGAAGUAAAAGAUAUUACAAGAAAUGAAAGAAUUGGAGCUCAUUCACAUAUUAGAGGUUUAGGUUUAGAUGAUUCAUUAGACCCAAGAAACAUUGGAUAAGGUAUGGUUGGAUAGAAAGAAGCUAGAAAAGCUGCUGGUAUAAUACUUACUAUGAUAAAAGAAGGUAAAAUAGCCGGAAGAGGAAUAUUAAUAGGAGGAUAACCAGGUACAGGUAAAACCGCGAUAGCAAUGGGUAUGGCUAAAUCAUUAGGUGAUGACGUUCCUUUUACCAUGUUAGCUGGUUCUGAGAUAUUUUCUUUAGAAAUGUCGAAAUCUGAAUCUCUUACAUAAGCUUUCAGAAGAUCCAUAGGCGUAAGAAUAAAGGAAGAAGCAGAAAUCGUUGAAGGAGAAGUUGUAGAAAUAGAAAUCGAAAAAUCAGUAAAUAGUGGAGUAAAAACAGGAAAAAUAACCCUAAAAACAACCGAAAUGGAAACUGUAUAUGACUUAGGUAAUAAAAUGAUUGAAGCAAUAUAAAAAGAGAAGAUUAUAGCAGGAGAUGUAAUAACAAUAGACAAAGCAUCUGGAAGAAUAUCGAAAACAGGACGUUCUUUUGCAAGAGCAAGCGAAUUUGAUGCAAUGGGUCCUUAAACAAGAUUCGUAUAAUGUCCAGAAGGAGAAAUUGAGAAAAGAAAAGAAGUAGUACAUACAGUAACCUUACAUGAAAUAGAUGUCAUAAAUUCAAGAUCUUAGGGUUUCUUAGCUUUAUUUUCAGGAGACACAGGUGAAAUAAAAUAAGAAGUUAGAGAUUAAAUGGAUUAAAAAGUAGCUGAAUGGAGAGAAGAAGGAAAAGCUGAAAUUGUACCAGGAGUACUAUUUAUAGAUGAAGUUCAUAUGUUAGAUAUGGAAUGCUUUUCAUUUUUGAAUAGAGCUUUAGAAAGCGAAACUGCACCUAUUAUUAUUCUAGCUACUAAUAGAGGUAUUACUAAUAUUAGAGGAACUAAUUAUAAAGGACCUCAUGGAAUGCCAUUGGAUCUUUUAGACAGAUUGUUGAUUAUAAAUACUGUUCCUUACACUGAAAAAGAAAUUAGGUAAAUUAUCGAAAUAAGAUGUGAAGAAGAAGAUGUUGAAAUGACUGAAGAGGCUAAAGAAGCUUUGACUACAAUAGGCAAUGAAACUACUCUUAGAUAUUCUAUUUAAUUGAUUACUACUUCUUCUUUGGUUGCUGCUAAAAGAAAAUCUUAAGAAGUUGAUAUUGUUGAUAUUAGAAAAGUUUAUUCUAUGUUUAUGGAUUUGAAAAGAUCAACUGAAUAUUUAAUGGAACAUUAAAGAGAUUAUUUAUAUUCCGAAGAAACUAAUGUAACUAAAUAAGUAGAAAAAAUGCAUAUAGAAUGA